CUUACACUUUUUUGAACAUCAAAAGAAUAUAUUGGUGUUGUACCAGAACUGGACUUCUGGAACAGGACUACCUAUAAACGUAAUCGACGUCGAACAUCAAGUUCGACCCUGCAUCAAAACACAUGGUUCGCAACGCUUCUGCCGAGCGACGCCCUGGAAGUCGGUCUUCUGCCCGACUUCGUGGGGAACCAGGGGAGGAUACUCCUCUGGACGUCCCUCAACAAAAUUUUUCGGAGACGCCUGUAGUGACCCCUAUUGCUAGUGGCGCUCCCGACUUGUCCGCACUGACAGAGGUUACUGAGACCAACCAUCCUUCUGGCAUGGCGACAUUAGGUAACCUCCCUAAUGUGAUACCGGCCGUGGCGGUUGUUCCGAGAGAAGAUCAGAAGCCUCAAGAUGAAUUCUCCGACUACCGUGAGACUUUGCCCCUUGCCAGCAACCACUAUGCUCGCGCGAGUUCAUCGCCUGCUGACGGUAGCUCUCGCGGGGGUAGUGGGCUGGCUACAUCGUACCAGUCUGCUCCAGGGAACGUGAAGGCUCCCGGAUCCACUCGAUCUGGGAGGACUGGGGUGUCAAUCAAAUCUCGAAGGAAAGAGAUUAUUGCCUCGAUGACUAGCGAAGAACUACUACGCGCAGCCGCCAAGCAACAGGCUAGGGAGAGGGGUGAAACAGUUUCGGUGUCGUCAGAUGAGGAUGAGGAAGGUUCACAGCCCGCCUCUCACGACGAACAUGAACACACCCAGACUCAGGCUCGAAUGAAGGGAGAAUUGACUGGCGAAUUAAAGCCGGACGAUAUCCCCCUUCCCCCACUAGGUAUACUCAAACCCGAUCACAUUAGGCCGGAGGAUGUGUUCAGCGAUGGUUACAUCCCGUUCGCUUAUACCUUGCAUCCUGAGUUGAAAGCUCGGGACCCCCAAGUAAACGAGGAUAGCGCGCCACCCCGAGGAAACAAACCCAUGCCUAUGGUGGAUAAACCUUCACCACAGGCGCCGGUAGACCCUAAGGAGAUCCUUAUGGCCCCUGGAGGCCUCAAGGUGUAUUCGGAAGCGCGCAACGAAUUCGCGGGACGGCUGGCCAAAGGUCUUAAGGGCCAUGCAUUCCGUCGCUCUGAAAAGGGUAGUCGUAUCGUUUACGAGUUCGAAAGCGAUAUGAUUAACCUGUUCAUCAACGAGAACUGCAUAGGCCCCGGCAUGAUUGCUAUGGAACCUAUGCCGGUACUCGAUAAGGUUGGACGAUUCCACCAUAGUAGUGGUGGGUUUUCUCAGCUAGGAGCGGCGGUGGAGGAAUCAUCCCGUAACUCGCAGGAGGGCAAAGUUCCCGGGGUUUCUGGUGACGCUCGUGAGGAACUACGCGAACGCCUCCAUAUUACUCGCUCCAACUACGAGGAGUACUUACUCCGUCAACAAGACUUGUUCCUUCAUAAAACCACCUCACUUCCAGAUUAUGGGCUGAUUAUAGACGUGAACCGCGUCGUAUCCCACCCCGAUAAUCCCAAGAUUGGCGUUCAAUUGCCUCAUGUAGACUCUGAGGAAUGCCGUCGUCUCAGACCAACCUCUACCCCCCUUCGUGAACGAAUGGAAUUGGGACUGGAAGGUGCUCACCCGGAUGAGCAUCCCCUCGAGUCGACCCCUGUCAAAGGCAAGGGUCGGGAAUACGUUCCCCCAGUAGCAAUCCCAUUUGUGCAAGCCUUACCCAAGUUUGAUGCAGGGGCCCUGAAUGCAAGUACGGCUCCGCACCCUCCGGGGAGGUCCCCAAGUCCAAUGGUUAAACCAGAACCGACUCCGGACCAACCACCUUCAGAGUCGCGUCGUACUGAUAGGCAAGGCUCCGGUCCUCCAAUACCUGGGGGUGGCCCUCCUUCAAUUCAUGGGAGUCGUUCGGGACCGCCUCUUCCUGGUGGCCCUCCGAAUGACCCUCCCGGUGGUAGCGGUGGUGGUGGUGGCGGUAACAACCCGCCAUCUCCCCCUCCGUUCCAUUCCGAUGGUAGCCAACAUCGCGGAUUUGGGUCUCGGUUCACCCCGUCCCCUCACCCUUCUCAAGCAGGUGGCCCUCCUGACAGAGGUCCUCCUGGAGGAGGAGGAGGUGGUGGUGGCGGUGGUGGUGGUAAUGGUCCACCCUCGCCGCCCCCAUCCGACGAUGGUGAUGGCGGCUCUCGUGCUUCCGCUCAUCGGCGGAACUUUGUUCGCGAAGCAACGGUGUUGCACGCCACUGAUGAAUUCGAGGAGGAAGAUUACGACUACCAACCUGUCGUGGUUGAUGGUCAGAACCAACUCAAUCAAGUCUUCAAUGAAUACUCCCUCCUAGUCAGCCAGGAGCUCUACCCCCAACUGGACAUCGACCCCGCUAUGCUACGCUUGAUGGCCAGCGGGGCGAUUAAACCUGGAAAAUACGACGGCAAGGCCGACCUCCCUGAGUUCGACCGUUGGUUUCGUAGCGUCAUCGGGUGGAUGCGACUGGUAGGGCACUGUGGAGGCCCUAUAUCUACUAAUGAGGAUGGACUCCCGGUCCCGUCCUCCAGUGAUAGGCAGCGAAAAUUGGCGCUCCGUGGUUUCUUGACGGGAGCCGCGGAACGCUGGUAUUCGACUUUUGUGGAUCGAGGUCAUUGGGCACACAAAUGGACAUUUUUACGAGUGGCUAAAGCCAUGUUUCAUAACUUCGUGUAUGAGACGGCACUUCGUUCUGCGUCCGAGUCAUACCACGCAGUGAAAUACUCAUGGGAUGGGGGACUACGGCAGUUGUAUGCUGACAUGGUCUACCAUAUCCAGUACAUGCCAUCGCAGCCAGAUGUAUACAAUGUACGCCGUAACAUCAUGGACAAGAUGCCCGAAUCCAUCAGUGACCUGCUGUAUGAUGAGGGAUUAUCUGCAGAACUAUCCUCGUGUCCCGACAUCAUGCGUCGCGCACUGGUAAUUGAACGAGGCCAACGGGCUAAGAGAAUGCGCCCGAGGGUUUCAGCGGAGGAUAGGUUUCGAGGCCGGACUCUCAAGCUACGGGUAGUCAGUGAGAAACGACACAAACCACCUAGCCCGACGCGUAGGAGGUUCAGCCCUCCUGCACGCCAGGAUACCGUGGUUGUUAAGAAGAAACCAGAUGCCAAGGGUGGAAUGAAUUGGGCUCGUAAAGAGCCUGAGUCGUCAAUUCGAACCUGCUACCGUUGUGGGAAGCCUGGCCAUAUUUCCACGGACCCUGCAUGCCCCAUGUUCGACCAACGACGAGUAAAUAACUCAUCUAAUCGUAUGGCGGCUGCUAGGAGUGUGGACGGUGAGGAGGAAACAGAUAGAGCUGAGGAACCCCACCCGCCGACCACUGAGCCUGAGGUCGUAGCUGAGGAACCCUAUGGAGGAUCUCAAUAUUCCUCAGAUGAGUUUGAGGCUGAAUUAGUGGAUGACCCCUACGACCACGGCGAGGAUGAGGAAUGGAAUCGAGCCAUGAGGACCCACGACCCGCAAGUGUCGGAGUUCCUGCGAGCUGCUCAUGAGGGUAGCGAUUCACAGGAUCCCGAUGAUGACGAUUCCUCCAUAAUAAGCGACUCAGAAUCUCAUGACGAAUGGUCCUUGGACUUUCCUGAGUUCCUUGGAGCGAUCCAGGAAACUCAGGCGUGCACACCGAAGGGGAACGAGGCCAACCCGGCAAGUAGAGGACAAUAG